AUGUCGAAAUCAAAACAUAUUGCUGUAGAUGCGGAUGUCUAUGUGUCAGCCGGCUAUGGCAAUGAUUGGCAGUCAGAAACUACGUCUAUCGGUUCUUCAAUCUAUCGUGGAAUGAUGGAAAAUGGCAGACGGUAUCAAACUCUGAGCGACAAACAAUAUCUCGUACCGUCCGAUGACCUGGCAUUUGAGUCCUACGAAGCUGGGCAUUUGCUCGCUCUAGUUUUAGAUUCAGAGCGAGAGAACCCGCUAUUUAGAGCGCCUGUCGGGAAGAACCCUAAACAUAUCCUCGACAUUGGGACGGGUAAGGGUAACUGGGCUGUCGAUGUUGCCGAUAUGUUCCCAUCUGCGACUGUCCGAGGAGUCGACCUCUUCCCACCUCCCAUUACAUGGAUGCCACCCAACUGCAUCCUCGAAGUCGACAACGUCCUAGAAGAAUGGACCUGGAGAGGCCCCCUCGACCUAAUCCACAUGCGGAUUAUGACUGGUUCAUUCGAUUCUGCGGGAUGGGAUCACGUCUACGCAACCUCUUUUAAAAACCUCCGACCAGGAGGCUGGAUCGAACAACUCGAAGGCAGUACAACCAUCGAAUGCGACGACGACAGUCUGCCAGCAGAUAGCAUCCUGCGAACCUGGGGUCCGACCAUGAACGCGUGCGGUGCUGGGUUUGUGGAUCUCCAGGAGAAGGCAUACAACUGGCCGAUUGGGCCGUGGGCUCGUGAUCAGAAAUAUAAAGAGGCCGGCGUUGUUAAUUUCCAGCAUUGGCUUUCGGGUAUGGAGGGAUGGUGCAUGAGGUUACUUACGCAGUUCGGUUUGCCGCAUCCCUGGUCGAAGGAUGAGGUUACCGUUUAUUUGGCUAAGGUUCGUUCGGAGAUUAAGAAUCCGAAAUAUCAUAUUUAUCAGAGAGCACGACGUGUGUGGGCGCGCAAGCCUUUUCCCGGAGAGAUUACGCCGGAGAUGACCCCGGUUAAGAGCGAGGAGUGA